CGGCGUCGCGGGGUGUUUUGACUGCUACUGUUCCCUCGUGUCGUACCAGCGAAGGGUACGGUUAUGUGUUCACGACUGGUCAGAUCCAUGCAUCGUGUACAAUACUGCCCGUAUUGAACAGGUGGCUUGAAGAUCUCUGCGUUUCUGAUGCUCCAGUUCUCUACUACAAAAGCACACCGAAUCCAUCACAAACUCACACACACACUCGAUCUCGCUAUCACUGUCCAUUCUACCUCGGGCUCGUGCUCGUCUUGCAGAUUGCAAGAGUGGACUCAGUGUGUACACAUCCCGUUCCGAUGAAGUUCUCAGUCGCCUUUGUAAUGACACUGAUGCUCGCCUCUGUGAGCAUGGCCCAGGCCAGCGUGCUCUUCUCCACCCUGGAGAGAACUCUGGUGGUGGAGGCCAAGAUCAAGGAGCAGGAGAUCUCCUCCGGGAUCGCUCUUGCUGGUGUUAGCCAUUUGGUCAUCAGCUGGCAUCUGAACGAGUCCUUCCCGGUUUCAGUGGGUGAUAAGUACGUGAAUGUGAAGCUCAGAUUGUGCUAUGCUCCAGUGAGCCAAAUCGAUCGAGGCUGGAGGAAGACCAAUGAUGAUCUGCACAAGGACAAGACUUGUACCAAGGGCAUCGCCCAGCAGAAGUACAUCUUUUCUGGCAACAGCACUACUUGGAGAGUCACCAAGGACGUUCCUGGUGCAGUUUACUUUGUUCGUGCAUAUGCUGUGGAUGCUGAAGGCAAUCAACUGGCCUUCGGACAGACUACGGACAAAGCGAAGACCGCCAACUUGAUCACCGUUCUGCCCAUUUCAGGGAGGACCGGAAACAUUGACAUUGCUGCUGCCAUAUUUUCUGCCUUCUCAGUGGUGUCUCUAACAGGUUUCUUGGGAUUGGAAUCCAUGAGAUCAAAGAGAACAUCGAAGUAAGACCAAGGCAUAGAUUGUCAGUGGAUGAACAUCACUAGUUCGAGUAUACAUCGAAUUUAAAUGACAAGUAGUUGUCUUCUAUGAUGUUUUGAGGUGGAAAUUUUGUGGUACGCCGAAUUAACAAUAGCAGUUCGUCGCACGGCCCUUCUUACCUCUGUUGUAAUUCCAUUCAGAGGUAGUGAGAGGCGUACUAAUUGUACUCAACUUGUAUUUACCUACUCAUUUCCUUCCACCUAAUGCGAAAGACGUCACUGUGACGUUCUUUCUAUCUGAUCAAUAAACGUCGCCUCUUUCAUGCA